AAUUUAUUCAAUCAGAAUCAGAUAUUUAUACCAACAGGAAUAUUAGUUUUUUUGACUGUGUAGUUAAACAUGGAGAGAGGGAUGGAAGAUUAUUCAUUGGAAGAAAUGGAAGCCGAGUUGGAACAUGAACGACAAAUGAAAAAGAUGUUGGAUCAGUCGCUUCUUGGUUUAAAAAUAACAGUUGAAGAUUUGGAGAAGAAAUAUCAACAGAUUGAUGAAGAAGGGAAUGAAUGGAAAACAAGAUAUGAGACUCAGCAGGAGAUGAACACACAGCUAGAGUUGCAGAUCAAAGACUUGAAAGAGAAAUUGAAACCGAACCAUCGAACCAACAGCAAGAACAGGAAAGACCAGGUUCCGGUCUCCGUCAAAAACAUGGAAGGCCUGAGUGAGAGUGGUUUGAAAGGCCUAAUCAAACAAAUGGAGAAAGAAAGAUCAAGUUUACAAAACCAACUACGAGACUUGGAGUGGAGGUUGGACCAGGAAUCCAAGGCGUUAUACAAAGCAAGUGAGGGAAGGAAGAAAUAUUUGACGGAACUUGCCGAUGCUGAGUUUAGACUUGAUUCUUAUAUGAAGUUACAAGCCAAGAAACAAGCACAAAAGGAGAACAAUGGAAUAAACAUGCAUAAGAGGAUACUACCCCCACUUCCAAAGAGGGUGAGCGUCAAUAAGCGCAAUAUACAAGAGAAUAGAAUUCCUAGACGUUUCCAGAACUAAUACUUGCCAAAGUUGUAUAUAUCAUGUACAUCUACUUAUUUUAUAUCAGUGUUUCUAGUGUAGCUGAUAAGAAUGUAGUUAACAACUUAAUAGCGUUUUUAAAGCUUAUUAUUAGUUGCUAAUGUUUUCUAGUUUAAUUCCAUCCACUAGGACCUUUUUAUACAAGUUUUUUAUACUUUAAAUAUUUUUUCUAUUCUAUUUCUACUACUGCACUUUCUCUACCAUCCUUCCCACUAAUGUCAAUCCUUGUUGUCACCACUGUGUAUCGAAGAUACUUUGCACAACUCACUGUGAAAUAAAACACAUGCACUCG